AUGAGCCCAUGUGAAGAUUACCGACGUUUAAAUAACCAAACCGUUCCAGAUAAAUACCUGAUUCCACGCAUACACGAUUUUUCAUUGGACCUACAUGGAAAGCGUUUCUUUUCGAAACUUGAUCUCGUACGAGCAUACCAUCAAAUUUCGAUGGCACCAGAAGAUACCAAGAAAACGGUCAUUAUUACAGCUCUCGGUUUGUUUGAGUUCUUAAGAAUGCCAUUCGGAAUAAAAAAUGCAGUUCAGAUGUUUCAACGAUUUAUGGACGAGGUUGCGCCGUUUGCUUGGAAC